GUUGUUUUAUGUUCAAAACUCUUUCUAUUUACAGAUUUAUUCCAACAUUCUGCGAGACAUAUCUAUUUAGAAGGCUUUAGAAKUUUCAUUGUUAAAAUUUCUAUCUGAUUCUAGAAAAUCAGAGGAGUUUUUGAAGUGAAAAUGAGGCGACGUGUAACGCUUGCGUCGUGCUGUYUAAAUCAGUGGGCCUUGGACUUCGAAGGAAAUGUCAAACGAAUUAUUGAAAGCAUUCAAAUUGCCAAAGAUCGUGGAGCAUCAUACAGACUAGGACCAGAGCUUGAAAUAUGUGGCUAUGGCUGUUCGGAUCAUUUUUAUGAGAGCGACACAUUGACGCACUCUUUGCAAGGACUUGCUUACUUAUUGAAGUCCCCUUUAACUCAUGGUCUCAUAUGCGAUGUUGGGAUGCCUUUGUUAUACAAAAAUGUACGUUAUAACUGUCGAGUUAUAUUUGUGAAUGGAAAGAUCCUUCUUAUUCGACCUAAAAUGACACUAUGCAAUGAUGGAAAUUAUCGAGAAACAAGGUGGUUUACUCCAUGGACAAAGGCAAGGAAGACUGAAGACUUCCCAUUACCCAAGAUCCUCUCUGAGAUAACAGGCCAGUCAACUGUUCCCUUUGGUGAUGGAAUACUGGCCACACCCGACACAUGCAUUGGAAGUGAGGUCUGCGAAGAAAUGUUCAGUGUCCAAAGCAACCAUGUUGCUAUGGCAAUGGAUGGUGUGGAGAUAAUUACUAAUGGYAGCGGAAGCUAUCACCAACUAAGAAAAYUGAAUAAAAGAGUUAAACUUGCAACAUCAGCAACUUUUAAGGGUGGUGGUGUUUAUAUGUACUCAAACUUGCGUGGCUGUGAUGCAGAGAGAGUUUACUAUGAUGGSUGUUGUAUGAUCAUUGUUAAUGGUCAAGUUGUAGCACAGGGUUCCCAAUUCUCUCUACAAGAUGUUGAAGUAGUCACAGCUACUGUUGACUUAGAUGAAGUGCGUUCUUAUCGCUCAUCUUCACCAACGUAUAGUCUAGCAGCGGAGUCACUAUCGCCAUCUUAUCCUCGUAUAAAAGUUGACUUUAGUAUCACUAAGGAAGAUGACUUUACUGUCCCAAUAUCAACACCCAUCAAUUUCCAUUACCAUUCAGCUGAAGAGGAGAUCAGCCUUGGACCUGCRUGCUGGCUGUGGGAUUACUUACGACGCAGUGGACAAGCUGGAUUUCUUCUUCCAUUGAGUGGAGGAAUUGAUAGCUCAUCAACUGCUUGCAUUGUGGCAUCCAUGUGUCAUUUGGUCUGUCAAGCUGUCAAAAAUGGUGAUGAACAAGUCUUGGAAGAUGCACAACGUAUUGUUCGUGACAGUGAGUACAUUCCUACCAACCCUCGUGAAUUUGCCAACAGAAUAUUUGUAACUUGUUACAUGGGAACAGAGAACUCAUCAAGAGAGACAAAGACUAGAGCUGCUAACCUUGCUGAGGAGAUUGGCAGCUACCAUCUAGAUAUUAACAUCRAUACAGCUGUAGCAGCAGUUCUUGCUGUUUUCACCUUAGUUGCCUGCAAAAUUCCAAAGUUCAAAGUCCGAGGUGGUUCAGAUUGUGAGAAUCUUGCACUGCAAAAUGUCCAAGCAAGGUUACGUAUGGUUUUUGCUUAUCUGUUUGCUCAAUUGAUUAUGUGGUCUCGUGGUUUACAAGGAAGUCUACUUGUGCUUGGGUCUGCUAAYGUGGAUGAAAGCUUAAGAGGGUACUUUACCAAGUAUGACUGUUCCAGUGCAGACAUCAAUCCUAUCGGUGGCAUCAGUAAGAAGGACUUACGGUCUUUCAUAUUUUAUUGUGUGGAAAAAUUCAAYUUUAGYUCUUUGAUAACAAUCCUUGGUGCACCACCAACAGCUGAGCUGGARCCMCUUGCUGAUGGACAGAUUCAGCAGACAGAUGAGGAAGACAUGGGGAUGACAUAUGAUGAGUUGUCUGUGUAUGGUCACUAUCGUAGUUUCYUGCGCUGUGGUCCUUACAGCAUGUUCUGUAAGCUAGUUCACCUUUGGCAUGACAAAUGCACACCAGCACAAGUUGCUGAAAAAGUCAAGCUUUUCUUCCGUUUCUAUUCAAUAAAUAGACACAAGAUGACAACUCUUACACCAUCUUACCACGCUGAAUCGUACUCGCCUGAUGACAACAGGUUUGACCAUCGCCCAUUCCUCUAUAACAUCAAAUGGUCAUGGCAGUUCAGCACCAUUAACGACCAUUUGCAACGUCUUCAUAUUACCAUGGCAACACACUGGCGCAAGCAUUACCCACUUGUAAACAAUGACAGUGACUAUAGUAACCAUGAACCAUCYACAUCGUCAGCUGUAGUUACUGUCAAAACUGAAGUACCUGAAAAUGAUUGUUCUGGUCAGAAUGAGAGGUCUCUUGUGAGAGCCUUCCUGGAAAGGAGUCUUGGAGUUCAGUCUCACGAUACUGGUUCAUCAAGUGGYGAUUCAACUACACCUCCAUGUCCAGCCCUUAUUCGUGUUAAACCUGAACCGGUUGAUAAGCAAGAGUUUGAACAAUGCCAACAGUCCCCAUCUUUAGGGCAAAGAGAGUCUUCUCGACGAAGAAAACGAGAUAUUGCAGAGUUUUUGAAUAAUUAUGGAGUCAGAAUGACUGAAAAUGACACUGAAAAGCAGUUGAGAAUGAGCGACACUUGAUGAUCAAGAAAUGAUAUUUUAUGAUAAAUAUUAUUUGCUGAAAUGGUAAAUUAUCAUCUAUCCCUUCUGGUUGCAGUAAGAGUGACUUAGAAUGGYAGACUCCUAGUAAAGGUUAAGGGAAUAUUUUUAUUUUAUUAACCAUCCCUUCUUUAGCCUGCUGAGUCUCCUAAACCACAUCACUUCAAGAAAAUUUUUUUUUCAAAAAUUGCAACAUUAUAAAGCUAGUUCUCAGGUGGCACUGCAUGUAUACAAGGUGACCAGCUGCAGAGUCAGUCAUUAUCCUAGUAUAGUGCAUUCAUAAAUAUUGAACAUUUUGUGAGAAAUUGUACAAAAAUAUUGCACURAUAAAUAAUAGAAAAUGAUUAAAUAGACUGAUUUGGUUAUUUCAGUUUGCAAUCAUUUCAUGAAUAUAUUAGUCUUAUGUUGAGUAAAGCUAGUUGUGCGGUACCUGCAUUAGCUCAGACCACAAUUUAAACUUGCGCUACAAAUGUUUGCGAAAUGGCUCAAGUGAAAUUUAUUGGAGAUGCAUGUAGUGCUUGAUGAAGUUGAAUGUUCUUUUUGGCAUAGUUGUCCAGGAUCUAAAAUAAUCUACAAAAUAUCAUUUUUCAUUAAAUUCAGCUUAUUUGCAUAUUAAGAUAUUUAUUUCAUUACAUGCAAUGCAUAUUUGGAGUGUUAUUUUCCUACAUUUAAUAUUUUAUUAUUUAUUUUGCAUACUUAUACAAGAUUCUACAUAGGUCUUGGUGACCAAUCUCACAGGGUAUUAGUCCAUUUUUUCCUGUUAAUUGUCAAAUUUUAUUUCAGUUUUAAUAACUUCAGAUUUUUCAAUAAAAGUACUAUACAUUU